CCGUUCUCCCUUGAUCUUUUUAAAGGUGGGACCUUGCAAAGACAAAACUGCUGAACCAGAGUAGGGGUGGAGGGAAGGGCUGUAUACCAGUCAUCUGCAAUCCAUUAACGGUAAUCCUUGAGUUACCUGCUGCUCCCCCUCUCUCUCUCUCUCUCUCUCUAGCAGAAAAUUGCAGGAUGGCAUCUCUCCCACUUGGAAAUUCUCCAAGUUGUAGUUUAGCAUGUGAAAGAAGACCGAUUUCCCUUCUGGGUAUUUCGGCUCUGCCAUUGAUGCGCUUAAAGGCCAGAGCUUUUCAUGGUUUGGUGAGAGGGGGAGUUAUGACUCACAGCUUAUAUAGAGAGGAGACAUCCCUUUUUAUCCGAGAAGGAUCCAAUAGCAUCAACCGCAUUAUGCAAAAAAGGGUGCUCUUGACCAUCCCCAGGAAUAGCAGUUCGUCGGACUCUAAUAGCAGUGAGGAUGACUCCUCUGAUCAGGCCAAGAAAAAACCGUUCGGAUACUCAAGGAAGGAUGUUUUAUUGAUUGGACUGGGAGUAACUGCUAUAGGGAUCGGCUUGAAAAGUGGAUUAGAGUUUGCUGGAGUUGAUCCUUUACAAGCAGGGAACGUCGUUCAGCUGGUGCUGGUGUUGGGCCUGACAAUUGGAUGGAUUUCCACGUAUAUUUUUCGAGUUUCAAAUAAAGAAAUGACAUAUGCACAGCAAAUACGCGACUAUGAAAGCAAAGUCAUGGAGAAAAGGUUAGAAGGCCUGACGGAAGCAGAACUAGUAGCAUUGCUUGAACAAGUUGAGGAAGAGAAGAGGCGCCUCGGCGAGCAGCAGGUCAAGUAAAAAGGUUCCUCACACCUUUGAGCAUAAUUUAUAGCCUUCAUGAAGCGACUCUUUGUAUAUAGAUGCACAGAUAAAACGCAACAGGCAAAGUGAUAGAGUCAUUCUUGCCAUAAUGGGUGGGUUGCCCUUUCUAAACCGAGGGCUUCGGACGUGCUUGACAUGUAAUGCUAUAAAUUCUUGUCAUGCACGUGUAUUUUUAUAGCAAUACGUGAAAUUUACAAGA